GGAGGUGAGGCGAGGGGCUGGGGGUCGCGGGGCCCGCACGGCGUGUCUGCUUCCCUGUACCUGCAGCCUCUGGGCCUGGGCCCUGUGCAUUCGGAUCUGUGCCUGCCUCCGAGCUCACCAGCUUUCCUUCCCGGGUACCUGGAGUCCCCGGGCGGCUCCCAGUCCUGCCGACCAGCCACACUCAGCACCUCGCCCUGCUGGGGAAGACAGGCACCGUCUCCCUUCCAGUUCUAAUCUUCCAGCUCCGUGAAGAAAAAUGACCGGGCGAGCCAGAGCGAGAGCACGAGGAAGGGCUUGCGGCCAGGAGACGGUGCAGCACGUGGGGGCCCCUGCUAGUCAGCCCCCUGGCUUCGUCCAGCCUCGGCCUCAGCAGCCGGCAGCAGAGGGGGAGUUAGUCGGCCGUGGACGACAGAGAGGAGCAGGCGGAGCGCCGGCCAAGUCACAAGACCUCCAGAUAUCCGCUGGAUUUCAGGAGUUAUCGUUAGCAGAGAGGGGAGGUCGUCGUAGAGACUUUCAUGACCUUGGUGUUAACACAAGACAGAACCUAGACCACGUUAGAGAAUCAAAGACAGGGUCUUCAGGUAUUAUAGUAAGGCUGAGCACUAACCAUUUUCGACUGACGUCCCGUCCCCAGUGGGCCUUGUACCAGUAUCACAUUGACUAUAACCCGCUGAUGGAGGCCAGAAGACUCCGCUCAGCUCUUCUGUUUCAACAUGAAGAUUUAAUUGGAAGGUGUCAUGCUUUUGAUGGAACAAUAUUAUUUUUACCUAAAAGACUACAGCACAAGGUUACUGAAGUAUUUAGUCAGACCCGAAAUGGAGAGCACGUGAGGAUAACGAUCACCUUAACAAAUGAGCUCCCACCUACAUCACCAACUUGUUUGCAGUUCUAUAACAUUAUCUUCAGGAGGCUCUUGAAGAUCAUGAAUUUACAACAAAUUGGACGGAAUUAUUAUAACCCAAGUGACCCAAUUGAUAUUCCAAAUCACAGGUUGGUGAUCUGGCCUGGCUUUACCACUUCCAUCCUCCAGUACGAAAACAACAUCAUGCUUUGCACCGACGUCAGUCAUAAGGUCCUCCGGAGUGAAACCGUGUUAGAUUUCAUGUUCAACCUGUACCAUCAAGUAGAAGAGCAUAAAUUUCAAGAACAAGUUUCCAAAGAACUGAUAGGCUUAAUUGUUCUUACCAAGUAUAACAAUAAAACAUACAGAGUAGAUGAUAUCGACUGGGACCAGAAUCCAAAGAGCACCUUCAAGAAAGCAGACGGCUCUGAAAUCAGUUUCCUAGAGUACUAUAGGAAGCAAUACAACCAAGAGAUCACGGACCUGAAGCAGCCUGUGUUGGUCAGUCAGCCCAAGAGGAGGCGAGGCCCUGGGGGCACCUUGCCGGGGCCCGCGAUGCUCAUCCCGGAGCUCUGCUAUCUCACAGGUCUAACUGAUAAGAUGCGCAACGAUUUUAACGUGAUGAAAGACUUAGCUGUCCAUACCAGACUGACUCCGGAACAGAGGCAGCGCGAAGUGGGAAGACUCAUUGACUACAUUCAUAAAGAUGAUAACGUUCAGAGGGAGCUUCGAGACUGGGGUUUGAGCUUUGACUCCAACUUACUGUCCUUCUCAGGAAGAAUUUUGCAAGCAGAAAAGAUUCACCAAGGUGGAAAAACAUUUGAUUACAAUCCACAAUUUGCAGAUUGGUCAAAAGAAACCAGAGGUGCACCGUUAAUUAGCGUGAAGCCACUAGAUAACUGGCUGUUGAUCUAUACUCGAAGGAAUUACGAAGCAGCCAAUUCGUUGAUACAGAAUCUAUUUAAAGUUACACCAGCCAUGGGCAUACAAAUGAAAAAAGCAAUAAUGAUUGAAGUGGAUGACAGAACUGAAGCUUACCUGAGAGUCCUACAGCAGAAGGUCACAUCAGAUACCCAGAUAGUUGUUUGUCUGUUGUCGAGUAAUCGGAAAGACAAAUACGAUGCUAUAAAAAAAUACUUGUGUACAGAUUGCCCUACUCCAAGUCAGUGUGUGGUAGCCCGGACCCUGGGCAAGCAGCAGACAGUCAUGGCCAUCGCGACCAAGAUCGCCCUGCAGAUGAACUGCAAGAUGGGAGGGGAGCUCUGGAGGGUCGAUAUGCCCCUGAAGCUGGCAAUGAUCGUUGGCAUCGAUUGUUACCAUGACACCACAGCUGGACGGAGGUCAAUUGCAGGAUUUGUGGCGAGCAUCAACGAAGGGAUGACCCGCUGGUUCUCCCGCUGCGUCUUUCAAGAUCGAGGACAAGAGCUGGUAGACGGUCUCAAGGUCUGCCUCCAAGCUGCCCUGAGGGCUUGGAACGGCUGUAACGAGUACAUGCCCAGCCGGAUCGUCGUGUACCGGGACGGCGUCGGCGACGGGCAGCUCAAAACCCUGGUGAACUACGAAGUGCCGCAGUUCCUGGACUGCCUCAAGUCUGUCGGGAGAGGCUACAACGAAUACUUCUUUGUGAACUCGACUGGCACUGAUGUCUUACUCCGUCCGUGGGGAUGGCGUGCACGUGCGAGGGACACACUGGUCCUCCCCGAGCACCCCGCCUGUGCCCUUGCAGACCGUGCUGCUCUCUGCCUUCCUCCGCUCCCCCGCGGGAGUGAGACUGCGCCGUCUCCACACGGCCCUUUGGAGAAGUUACGUUUUGCUAGUCUGUCGGGUGGUGAGCAGGCUGACGUCCGUCCGGGACCGUUGUGUCAGGGGCUCACUGGUGCAGAAUGACGGCCGGCGGAGUCAGUGUUGAAGGAGCCCCAGAAGUUCCGAGAGGCCUGUUUGUGCGUUCAGCCAGCAGUUGGUAUCGUUGCAGAAAGGAGGGCGUCGGAGAGCCCUUGAGUGCACCUGGGCACCUGUGGGCUGGGCACCCGGAGCCGUUUGCUUCGCUGGAGUGGAGGGUACUUCCGGGUCGGCCUCGGCCAGCUUCUCGGUGUUGAUGGCACCCGUUUCUUAGAGUGAGUUUAUUAGUAAGCUCUCAGAGCAAGUCAGGGAGGUUUUUCAGAUUAAAAUGCUAAUAAGCAUUUUCCGAUAUUUUGGAAGUGGACGUUAAUGUUCUUUUCUGUCUCCUUUAAAAACCUUAAUGCUUGCAUUUUCUCACUAAAAGAAUGGUAUUUGCUUUCGGUCUUCGAAAUGUAAGCCUUACUGGAUGUGUUUCUCUGAGUUCAGUGCUCCGUCCGCACGGACAGAGUUGGUGGGGGGGUGGGCAGAGGAAGGUGCGGAGAGGCGGCUGCCUGCUGGUCUCCUUUCCAGGUCCCUGCUCUAGCCCUCAGCGUCUUCUAGCCCCAUUGCCUUUUUCUCACACUGAGGGGAAAGGAAAUUUCCGGGAAGUAAGGAGGAGACGCAAUGGUGCAAGUUGAUCUCACAGCCUCGAGCUGCAUGUCGUUUGGGUUUGGGGACACACCCUGUGGCCGUGUGGGGCCUGGGGCUCUGCUGCUGGGAGUCUUUCGAGUCCUGUGGGCUUGGCUCCCAGAAGGAGCAGCAGAAGUUGCUCUCGAAGAGGAGCCCGGAGCCCGAGUGAGGGGAGUCGGUGAACCGGGUCCUGCCCAGGGCGGUGUCAC